AUGAUGCUAGUUGAGCAGCCAGAAUUUAUGGUUCAGUCAAAGGAGUUACUUGAUUUAAAAGUGAUCAGAUGGAGCAUCUUACCAUGGGACAUGUUAACGCAAAAGGUUAGGGACAAGGCCAUGUCUGCGAGAGUACAUACUAUCCAUGGGAAGCCGGAUAAGAAGCGGGGAUCACAGGUGUAUUUUUGGAGUCUUCCUAGAUGUGCUGGAAAUCAGCUGAGAAAUGUAACUCGCAAACUAGAAUCUGAUCUUCAUAGCAGUAAGAAGCGGUUUGCAAAACUUGCUGAGCAGUGUGAAUCGUUAAAGAAGGGGCGAGAGGCAUCUGAUGAAAGAGAGGAGGCUUUAAAUGAGUUGAAAUCCAUUCAGCAAAAGCAUACUGAGCUGAAGGAAGAAAUGGAACAAUAUGCGGACAAUGAUCCAGCUGCCUUUGAAGCAAUGAGUUCAGACUUUCUUCUUAGGCCUAAACUCUAGAUACUGUUAAUUGAGAUUAACUGCUUGAUACUAGAUAGCUUCUUUGUUAUGCAUACUAAUUGUGGUUAUUACACCGGCAGGAAGUGCAAUUGAAG